ACGACAAAGCAAAAUAUAAAAUUCGUUUCUUGUGUUGUUCCAUAUUCAUUGCUUCUUUACGUCACGCUUAUAAAAUUCCCCUCCCCUUGCUCUAUGUAUAAACCCCAUUUCAUAACUUCAUUAAUCAAAUCAAAGUUGAACCAAAAGCACGAUCAUUCGGCAUAAUAUAUAGUUUCAGUGUAUAAUUACAACGCUAUCAUAUUAAUACUAUCAAUGGCAGCACCACAAGUUGAUAACGAGUAUUGGGAUGAGAUAGCAAAAGCACGGGUUGAGCUUCAGAAUCUUAUAUCCAAAGAGAAUUACAGUGCUUGGGAUCUGCUUCGUUUAGCGUAUGCAUCCCAAUUCUCAAUUGCCAAUUUUCAUCAUGCUUAUGCAGGAACUAGCACUUCUACUGAUGCUACAACAAAGAAAACUCAAUCUGCUAUUAACAAUCUCAAAACUAAAAUGGAAAAAAUCAAACGCAACCAUCUCAAAAUAACGUAUCCCGACCUCUAUCAGCUUGCUGGGGUUGUUGCACUUCAAACGCUUGGUGGUCCAAAAAUCGAGUUUGUCCCUGGUAGAGAGGAAUCGGAAAUUCCACCAGAUGAAGGGUGCCUUCCUGAUGUAUCUGUAAAAGGUUUAUGUUGCAGCUUUUGCUCCAAUUCUCUUGAAUCUGGUCCAUCAGAUUUAAGAGCUAUCUUUCACCGAGUGGGAAUCUCUAACUCCGAUCUUAUAGUAGCAUUAUGUGGAGGCCUCAAACUGGCCAGAAGAGCUGAUGCGGAGAAAUCUGGAGGUCAGGGCCCUAAGUCUGGAGAUCAGGCCCCUAAGUCUGGAGAGACUUUGAAAUUUGACAAUUCAUACUUUAAGGAGCUCAACAAGAAGGGGAAACUUCCCGUGGAAGCCAUUGAUAAAGCUCUGCUUAACGAUCCCGAAUUCCGCAGUCGUGUGCAUCUUUAUGCAAUGGAUGAAGAUGAGUUCAAAAGACAUUACGUAGUGGCACACAAGAAGCUCUCUGAGUUUGGAUUACUGCAUUCAACAUUUUUCGGAUCAGCAUUUGAAAAUAGCAUGUUACGUUUGAAGAACAUGCCGGUGACACUUGCUAUUGCAGCCGCUGUAAUAUUCAGUGUCUUCUAUCUAAUCAACAGGAAGCUCUCUAAGUUUGGAUUACCACAUUCAUCAUUUUUCGGAUCAGCAUUUGAAAAUAGCAUCGUACGUUUGAAGAACAUGCCGGUGACACAAAGGGCUGUUGGAGUUGCUGUUGCAGCCGCUGUUGUAAUAUCCAGUGUCUUCUAUCUAAUCAACAGGAGGAGAGCUAAUAAGUAUUCGUCACAGCAGUUUCACUAACAUUGGUCCACCAGAACUCAACAGAAAGAAAUAGUAAACCAGAAAUUGAAUCUGAGCAAGAAUAAAAGAGACUGUUCUCCACUGAAUAGCUCCAUGUUUCAUCAACAAUAAAUGUUAAGGAUAUCUCCAUGUUGCAUCAAUAAUUUGAGUAUGUAAUCUACUCAUCAAAAGUAUUAGUGUAAUAUAAAAAUGUGCCUUUGGUGACUUUUAAA